AUGCGGUCCUCAACAUCCAUUGCGGCGGUGGCCCUCGCGCUGCUGCAGGGUACCAAUGCCAUGAACGCGGCUAUUCAACGCAAGUUCAAUUUGCUUGCCGACAUGGGCCUCAACCCUGAUGGCACAGCCAUGGCCACACUCGACAACCCUACCAUCGAUAUUACGGCUCUCAAAUCCCUCAAGAUUGCGACUACUGCAGACAGCUCGGUCGUUGCUGCUGCGAAAGCCGAAACCAUCACUCCGGAAUACGUCGAACUCCCCAUUGACAACUUUGCGCAAAAGAAGAACCAGGAUUAUUCGUACCAGGGCACUUUCUUCAACAGAUACUGGGUCGCCACGAGCGGGUACAAGGCUGGUGGGCCCGUCUUCGUCUACGAUGUGGGUGAGGCGAACGCAGAGCCAAACGCUCUGUUUAGGUUGCAAAACGAGACAAGUUUCUUCAAGCAGCUUGUGGAUGAGUUUGGUGGUAUCGGAAUCGUAUGGGAGCAUCGCUUCUACGGAAACUCGACGCCUACGCCCGUUGACGUUAACACGCCACCUGAGGCAUUCGAAUUUCUGACGACAGAGCAAUCGUUGGCGGAUGUUGAUCGCUUUGCUAAGCAGUUCAGCAGGACUGGUAUCAAUGCUACGCUCACUCCUGAUAAGACACCGUGGGUUUUCGUGGGUGGUUCGUACCCUGGUAUGAGGGCUGCAUUUAUGCGUAACAUGUACCCUGAUACUAUCUACGCGUCCUGGGCCUCCUCAGCCCCCGUCGAAGCUUCCGUUGACCAGAGUUUCUACUUCGACCCUGUAUGGCGAGGUAUGAACGCCAAGGGUUUUGGAAACUGCUCUCGUGAUAUCCAGGCUUCCGUUCGCUACAUGGACAAGGUUAUGGAUUCUGACCAGAGUGCAGCUGCAAAGCUGAAGGAGCAAUUCCUUGGUCUUGGAGCUGCGAAGAACUCGCAUGCCACUUUUGCCGAUGCGCUCACCACCAUCUUCUACGUGUGGCAGUCUUACGGUAUGGAAGGUGGAUCGGCGGGUCUCCGUCGCUUCUGCGAUUUCAUCGAGACGGAUCCCAAGACGAAUGCUAUAGCGCCUAAGGAGGGCUGGGCGAAGAGCAAGGGUGCUAAGUGGACGACGGAUCGAUGGGCGAGCUUCCCGGCUUUCCUUCCUAAUGUCAACAGUUAUCUUGAGACGGAGUGCUCGGGCAAGCUCAACACGACUGGUGACUGUGAUUUGGACCGCAAAUUUACGGAUCCGGCGAUGAUCAGCUGGACGUGGCAGUAUUGCACACAGUGGGGAUACUUCCAAUCCGCCAACCUCGGUCCUCAGCAACUCGUUUCAAAGUACAACUCGCUUCAACACCAACACGACAUCUGCCACCGCCAAUUCCCCACUGCUCCCCGCUCCCUCUUCCCAGACUGGCCAAACACCUCGCGCACCAACAAAGUAUUCGGGGGUUGGGACAUACGCCCUUCAAACACGUACUGGUCAAACGGUGAAUUCGAUCCCUGGCGCACUUUGUCACCCGCUUCCGCUGAGCCGUUCGCUCCCAAGGGUGUGCAGGUGAUUCAAAACGUACCUAAGUGCGGGAAGAAGACCAUAACCUUUGGAGCCGUUGGCGACAUUAUCUCCGUCUGUCUCUUAGUCAAAGACCUGGUCGAUGCCCUCGACAAGGCGCGUGGAUCCAAGACUGAGUAUCAAUCGCUGAUUAGAGAACUCUGGAUUCUGGAUCGCAGCCUCUUAGAAAUCGAUCUACUCGCAAGGACCCACGGCGGUUGGGCGACGCCCGAGUUGGAAGCGUUAUGCAAGACGGCGAAGACAGCCGUAGACCGUUGCCGGGAACUUGUGAGCGCCUUCUCCGCGCGAGUACAGAAAUAUCAAAAUAGCCUUGGAGAAAAUGAGACACCAAGUUUCAUCAAAGCCACAGCUAUGAAGGUGCGAUGGUGCAUUGAAGGGAAGGAUGCUGUCGACAAGUUUCGCGCCGAAAUUGCCGCAACCAGUGCAAGCUUGCAGAUGUUGUUGGCCACCGCGAGCGUGAAUCUAAUGGAUAUUAAUGGAAGAAAUAUAAGAGAUCAUAUGGCUACUGUUAAACAGCAAAAUGACUUAAACCUCAACAAGCAGGACGCUAUCCUGAUAUCCAUCAGUGACCGUCUCGAAGAAACCAACCGCCUGAUCAAAUCCGGUAGUUCGGUCACGGCUAAGCUCGCGGAUGCUCUCCGACUCGAUUGGUUUCGACAACUGGGCACGGAGCUGAAGGGAUAUAUGCGCCGCAUCAUAGCAAUGAACAUUGCUACAUAUCAUGCGGUAAUCAGCAUUCAGUCGGCUCUGCCCUACCGACUUGAACGAGGUCUUAUCGAGGAGCCUUUUAUCCUAGAGGAUGCAAUUGGUCGGAUCGCCCCUGUACACCUACAGUUCGUCACCUCUUGA